AUGUCUGUGUUUCAUGAUGAAGUUGAAAUUGAAGAUUUUGAGUAUGACGAAGCAGCUGAAUUAUAUUUCUAUCCAUGUCCAUGUGGUGACCGAUUUGAAAUCACAAAGGAGAUGCUAGAGGCUGGUGAAGACGUUGCUACAUGUCCCAGUUGCUCUUUGAUUAUUCGGGUAAUCUAUGAUCCUGAUUGUUUCAUCAAUUUGGAAGACGUAUCGUUUCCUGUCAAGGAAAAGCAUCAAUUCACAACUGUAUAA